UUUGGGUACAGACUGGCUGUGGGCAACCUCAGACAGGUGGAGGAGACGUCCUUAAGCAGCUGAACUGCACCGUGCUCGGACUGAGGACUGGGCUGGGCUGCAGGACCAGCAGCGGUGGACGCUGUGCGCGCUCCGGUGCGCGGAUCCUCCUGCAGCUGCUGGAUUCACAAUAUGAGACCAGAUCCAAAACAUGCUUCGGCUGAUUUUCCCAUCCUGAGCCUUCGCACACAUGCUGGACACUUAAAUGUGGACGCGGGGAGGACGGGGGAUGUAGUUGCGAUGGAGAAAUGAGGAGCACGCAUGGACUUGAGGUUUUUCCCUGAGAUUAUCGGCUUUUAAUAUUUAUCUCUCCCUCCGUCUGCCUUGGCCAUGGAGAACCAAGCAGCCGAGCCGCAGAACUAUGAAGAUGUACAGAAAAGCGGCUAUCUCCGCAAGCAUAAAUCAAUGCACCGGCGAUUCUUCGUGCUGAGGGCGGCCUCGGAGCAUGGUCCGGCUCGGCUUGAAUAUUACGAGAACGAGAAGAAAUUCCGCAGUAAAUCACCUGUGCCCAAAAAAGUCCUGAACCUGGAGACUUGCUUCAACAUCAACAAGCGGGCGGAUUCCAAGAACAAGCACAUGAUCGUGCUUUAUACCCGCAGCGAGAGCUUUGCCAUCGCUGCAGACAGCGAGGAGAUCCAGAACGAGUGGUACCAGGCGAUGCUGGACCUCCAGUGCAACUGUAUAACUCCAGAAGACUAUGGCAGUAGUGGAGAGUGUAGCUCUCCGUCUCCUGUUCCAACCUUCAAGGAAGUGUGGCAGGUCAAGGUUUGGCCUAAAGGUCUUGGACAUGCCAGAAACUUAGUGGGCAUCUACCGGCUGUGCCUGACUGACAAGACAGUCAACUUUGUCAAACUGAACUCUGAUGUGGCUGCUGUGGUGUUGCAGCUAAUGAAUGUCCGCAGGUGUGGCCAUUCAGAGAAUUUUUUCUUCAUCGAGGUGGGGCGUUCGGCGAUUACCGGCCCCGGAGAGUUCUGGAUGCAGGUGGAUGACUCUGUGGUGGCUCAGAACAUGCACGAGACCCUGCUGGAAGCCAUGAAGGCCCUGAGUGAGGAGUUCCGCCAGCGCAGUAAGUCUCAGUCUGUGGGGACAUCGUGCGGAGGGGGCACUGCUUCAAACCCCAUCAGCGUCCCAAGUCGGCGCCAUCACCCGAAUCUGCCGCCAAGCCAGGUGGGCUUCUCCAGGCGAGCGCGCACGGAGACCCCCGGGACAGGAGGCAGCAGCACAAGCACCUCACCUACAUCACGCCACGGGUUUCCAAGGGCAAGAACGGCCAGCAUUGGAGCCAGGUCAGAGGAAGGUGGAGCAAGUGCCAAAGGGACAUGGGCAAGCUCCAGCCCUAGUCUUAAUGGAUCCUGCUCAACUACGCCAACACUGAGGCCCAAACCCACCAGGGCCCCAACCCCUGCUAAAAUUACCCUCAGCCUUGCACGCUACACGCCCAACCCUGCUCCAUCUCCUGCACCGAGUCUGUCCUCCAGCUCUGGUCAUGGCUCAGAGUGUGGCUUGGUGGGGGCAGCAGUAGGAGGCAUGACGAUCUGUUCCUACCCUCGUGUUUCUCAGAGAGUUUCUGUUUCAGGUUCACCCAGCGACUAUGGCUCCUCCGAUGAGUAUGGAUCCAGUCCUGGUGAACACUCUCUGCUCAUCCCCAGUCUGUCUGGACAUCAUGUUCAUGGAGAGGGCCCUUCCAGUUAUAUAGUCAUGGGACAGCGAGAGGGUCUGCUUGGUUCUCAUCAUCGCUCCAAAGGCAGGCGGAUUCUGAGGCGCUCAUCUAGUCGGGAAUCUGAGGCAGAACGCAGACUGCUAAGUAAGAGGGCCUCGCUGCCUUUGGCAUCCCAUGAGCGACUGACCCCACAUAGAAAAGAUGAAGAUGAUGAGGACGAUGAAGAAUACGCCAUCAUGUCGCAGAGUGCUAACAGAGAGAGAGUUGAUUUGCACCACGGCUCAGGGAGUCUGGCGGCUGGGGUUGGGCAGCUUGAUGCAGUAGGGGAGAAUAGGAAGAGGGCUGACAAAAGCAGGGGAGGAGUGGACACAGGAGCAGCUGUGGAUAGCGGCUAUAUGUCAAUGUUGCCUGGAGUGACAUCUCCUCCUGUUUCACUCUCUCUUGCAAUAGGUAUGUCAGAUGCCAGUGCUAAACCCGGGGCUGAUGAUGAGUACAUGGCCAUGACCCCCAACAACAGUGUAUCCCCUCCUCAGCACAUCCGCCAGCCCAGCUCAGAGGGCUACAUGGUCAUGUCCCCCAACAGCAGCAGCUCCACAGACCUGCAUGGACUGAGCAUGUGGGACAGCAGGGCCAGCAUGGAGAGUCGGGCUGCCAGCGACUAUAUGAACAUCUCUCCUGUCAGCAGCCGCUCUGCCUGCAGCACGCCGCCUUCCCACCCAGAGCAGCACCAACUGCAACCUAAAAUGUUCAAUUCCUACUUCUCCCUUCCACGAGCUUAUCAGCAUACUCUCUACACUCGCUUUGAGGAAGACUUAAACAAAGGAGAAGGGAAAAAAGACAGCAGUGGGCAUGAUAGUGCUGGAAGGGGAGGGGGAGUGGGAUACAGCAAGAGAAACAAAAUUGCAGUGGGCCCUGCAGGAGGCUGCCAACUCUCCAUGUCUUCCUCGUCUUUCUCCUCUAGCUCAGCCAGCAGUGAAAGCCUUGAAGACAAGUCCAUAUCAGCAGGGAGAGGGCUAAGUUUGCUCAGAACUGGAGCAGAAUGCAAGAGUGCGGGAACAUGCACAAAAGAUGGGCGUCCCCACCAAAAACGUGCGUCAAGUAGUAAGAGCCCAAAGCAACAAAGGAGGGGUCGCCCCCUCAGCGUGUCUUCAGACAUUACUAAAGCAAACACCCUGCCCAGGGUUAAGGAGAAUCUGCUGCCAUCUGUGUCCCAGAAUGUGGGUGAGUAUGUCAGUAUUGUCUUCAAGGAGGAUAAUAAAUAUGACGGAGGACGAAGUGCAGGGUCUGAGCGUGGACAACCCGUGAUCCAUGGAACCCUCCGACCCGUGAACCAACCACUCCUCUGCCACGAUAAUCCUGCUAACCUUCCCCGCAGCUUCUCUGCCCCGUUGUCCACCUCUGCCGAGUACGUCAGCAUGGAUUUAGGGAAAUCCUCAACACCCCUGACUCAUGUUAGAUCCACAUUCAGCACCCCACAGAGCCCACCAGCUGUUGCUCCCAAGGCCCGACAUGAACACAGCACAUCCUCUCCUCUGGCAGCAGAAGGCAACGUAGGGUACAGAACAAAAGUAAAGAUGGCAGCAAUGCCAACAGAUGCUUCUCCUUCAUUCACGGACAGCAAAGGUUCAAAUCCCAGCAUUUCAGCAAGACCUGCCAUUCACUCCGGUCAGUCGCUAUCUAUGGAGCAGGAGACAGGUUUGAGUUUUUCACCAGUCAAGUCCUUCCAGUCUCCUGAGCGAAGCAGCAGAUUGGUCAGAGGUGACCAGCAGGGCCACUUGAGCCACCGCUCAGAGACGUUUAACUCUCCCCCCUCCCUACCACGCCACGCACCCUCUUCUACCUCCCUCUUCCCAGAGGGCAGCCAGGCAGCAAGCCAUCGGCAUGGUUUGGACUGCUCACUUUGGGAGAACGGGCAGGCUGCUAGUUUGUCUGCCACACCUCCACCACAAGCCUCCACCUCAUCUGCUGAACAAGGCCUUAACUAUAUUGACCUUGACUUGGCCAUAAAGGAGAGCCCUCAAGCUGGAGUGGAGCGUACUUCUCCCGCCUACAACAUCGGAGGAAGCGCUAUGGGUAGCAGUGCUGGCUCCAUCCUCAACACUUAUGCCAGUAUUGAUUUCUAUAAGUCAGAAGAACUGAGAGCACACCAGAACAGUAGAAAGGAUGGUCAAGACUGUUGAUCUCCAUCUUCGUCUUGGAUCUGAGCGUGACGCCGGUGUGACAGCUCCACACUCGUUCCCUGAGGGGAUGGUUGGCAGCCCGAUCUGUUGCCACAACAGAACUGUACACUGGAGUCUGAACACUGAAACCCUGGAAAACUCAUCCCCAUCCCGUCUGCUGUUUUCUGUCAACCAAAUGUGUGCCAAACACACACACACACACAAACACACACACACACAAACACACACACACACAGACACAGGGUAAGGAAAAGGUUUACUUUUUUGCCUUGUUUUGAAUAAAAAUGACAUCUGAUCAUCUUUUAACUUGAUAUAGAUAAGGAAUGACAGUUUGAUAUGUGACACGUGAGUUCACAGUCGAGUUUUACCUUAAUCGACGUUAUUACAACACAAGCAUUUCAAUGAGACUUUCAGGGAAUCGCACAAACAGCAAAAAUUCAAUCUGUGUAUGUUAGUUUAAAACACAUCAGCUUCUUAUUGGUGCAUGAGCCCGUCUAUUGAGGUGUCAAGGCUCAAAAUGGCAGCUGCUAUGUUGACACGAUCUCAGCUGAAUUCAGAGUGUUAAUUAUUGGGUCCUGUGGUUUCCAUUUUUAUAUUUGCCAUUUAUGCCACAUCAUUCUUUUUCAAUAUUAACUAAAUGAUGUUCAGGUGUCAUUUUGACGAAGAGGGAAAAUGCAGCUUGGCAGAGUUUUCUUACACGUGCAUAUGCUGCCACUGUAAGCACAUUUGAUUUUAUUAUAUACAGUUGCCCAAAAAAGCCUUUAUACUUGUCGACCACAGUUCUUGUGCUACUGAAGGACUUCGAAAUGCGCUUAAUUCCUGAGAUAUUGUAAAGUACAGUUUGUGAAAUUGGCAGUGAAAUUGUGUUAAACAAAAUGUAGAUAUAGUUACCUGUCAGUUUCUUCAGACAAUAAGAUUGUGUGAAAAUCCCACACAGCUUAUGCAAUCAUUGUGAAAUCCAUAAGUGUAAAUUCUGUGUUUUUCACGCAGAUUUCAGUUAUAUCUCUAAAGCUCUGCAUGUGCACUCACAGGACACACGUUUAUGUAGCAGUAGUUUUAGAAUAUACAUAAACUAAUCAUGUCCUGUCGUGUCAUGUGGUUCAUUUUCAAAUGGUGCCAUUAUCAAGGUCUAGUCAGGGCAAACACAGUGGUAUUUUAAGAUAUUUAGUGGAUUCACUUAUACAAAAUGUGGAGUUCAGUGUUUGUUGGGAAAGUCAAGUAAUUGCCUUGCAUCUUCUUCUAAGCCAAAGUGGUCAUUUUAACAUAGACAAACAAGUCAAACCUUUAGUAACUACAACGAAUAAACAAACAAAAAAGUAAUUUCAUUGGGUUCACUCAUGCCAUACUUGUUUUGGGGCUAAAAUGCCACUGGAAAAGUUAGAUGAAAGCUUUCCGGCAAUCAUUUCAUUAAAGCGAUUGAUGUCGCACUAAUUCUGCAGAAAUGCAGCCUCACAGAUGCACAACAGUGCAUUUAUUCAACGGUCAACACUGUAUAAAGACGGCCAAAUUAACAUAACAUUCAUCUGCUAUGCAUGUAAACGGCUUAAUCAAAUUGGCGUCAGACAUGCAGUAAGAACAGUAAUUAGAUUGUAUGUAUGUAAAUGUCCUCACUAGGAUGUGCUGAGGAGACAUGACAACAGAUUCGGUCAUGAGGGAAGCUGAAUAUUAAAGUUUUAAACUGUGUGGAACUGUGUGGAAAUGAAUGGACUGAGUAGGAGAGCAGAAUCUUACUUUAAAUUUUCUAAAAGAAAAAAAUGGCAUUGCAAAGUAGUAAAUUAUAUACACAUAUAAUUUGCAAAUAUUGCAAAUUUGUGAGUAUUUAAUUUUAGCUGUUCUUUAUGAUUGAACGAAGGGCUGCUCAGUAAAAGGGUUUUGCAUGAGUGAAGUGAGUAUUUUGUGUUUUCUAAUGACGUUGCAUUUUUAAUAACAAUAUAUGAGUUGAAGCUGACACAUGACUGUCAAAUCAAUUACAUGAUGCCUGAGUCACAUAGCCAGGCAUGAUGGAGAUGCAACGACAGCCUUCCCAAAGAACGCAACAUUAAAUAUCAAAAUAAGAGCCAUCUUUGUUCCUGCUGUAUUGAACAGAAAUUCAAUAAAUCUCAUGGGGGGAAUGAAUCUGGGACGACAAAAAAAAAAAAAAAAGCCCCUUGUGGUGGUUGUGAAUAGAAAAACCCA